AUGGGCGGCUGGUACGGACAAGUGAGUGACGAGGGCGAAACUUCACUGCCCUACACCCUAAGCGAUCCCAGGAGAAACUUGUUUUUUGGUUAUUCUAAAGAUUCUAAGGCUUAUGCAACAGGUCCUUUUAAUUGGGACUUCUCUAUCAAGAAAUUCCCCAGAACAGCUCUCAGUUCAGAAGUUGGUAGUGUUACGCCUCGUUACCUCAGAGAGCACAUAAAGUUAUCAGUUCUGCACCUGGCCUCUUAUCGUCCCAUCCAACUUUCAGAG